AAUAUAAUUUUGUGUGAAACAGUAUCAGCGUGCGCAAAGAGGCAAACAAAAUAAGCGUGUAGAUGAUGACAUAAACAACACCGGUUCGGUUCGUCUUCGGCUUUGCACUCGCCUUCGGUUCGGAUCGUCGUUUGUUGUGUCGUGAAGUGUUGAGAUUUUGGUUUUCCAACGUGCGAUAAUUUUAUGUUUUUAACGUGUUAGUUUUAAAUUUAAUUUAAUGCGUGAACCAUCUGCACUUACACGGUAUAACACUUUGGAAACACAAACUCGGUAAAUAACAGCCGAGAGUCUACGAAUUUCGAUAGUUUCAUUUCGGUAACAAAGACGGUAUGGAAGCUCCGAGGCAAGAGCUGUUCAUACUCAAUUGGGAGAUAUCCGAUCUCACCAGGAAGCUGCAAUCAUUUGCCGCAGUCUACUCCAAAAUCGAUCUGACCACGGUGGACUGUUUCAGCCAGUUGCUGGAAACCAUUGACACCUUCCUGACCAAGACGUCCCUUUCCCGUUGUAUGAACUCGGAUGCCACCGAUGAGCAGAUAUUCAAUGGCUACGCUUUCCACCACAGCAUCAACUGCAAGCAAUGUGGCAGAGCGGUCAAAACGACGCGACCCAAACUGCUGAAGCACCUGGUGGAACAUGAAGCGGACAAACAGGAUUCGCAUACCGUUAAGCUUAACGGCGAUGACCUGAAGCUGGUUAAGGCGUUGGAACAUAUUCGACUAAACGAUAAGGACACUUCCUCGCAAAGUGAUUCAACUAAUACAAGCAGUGAGGUUCAUAAGUUAGAUGAAGAUAGUAUUAAUAAGGGCAAACCGAAGAAAAAGGAUACUGACAUUAAAGAACAUUUAAUUACACCAACGAACGAUAUAAAACCGAAAACCACAGUAGUUGUUAAUCCGUUUGUCGAUGUCAUAACUCCAGAGCAAGGCAAAUUGUCCCGGUCUAGUUCUACAAGGACAACAGUUUCAAUGAAAUCAGCUUCCAAACGAGAUGAACCUGGAACGAAAGAGACGAAAGUACCUAAACUCAACGUUAAGCCACAAAAGCACCAAAAAGAACCGAAACGUCGGGCUCAUGUACCAAAUCGAACGAAAGAAGGAGAAUACCUGCAUGUAGGCAGCAUUCCCAAUGCUGGGGCCGAGUUGACGAAGAAAACCAAACAGUUCAUAAUCAAGUCGCUACCAAUAACCUCUCUCAUGGAACAGGCUGCCGAUCGAAAGCAAAUCAUGGAUUCUCAAGCCCAUCGCAGCAUCGUGCACUCGCUGGAAGCGAUCUUCCAGAAAUACUACCCGAAAACCAAGGUCUAUCUGUUCGGUUCCCGGGUAACGGGGCUGGGCUCCGAGAGCAGCGAUUUGGACAUCUAUCUCAACCUGGAGGACAACUACGACGGAUCGCUUAAUUACUCUAAGGACAGGCUCAAGAUUUUCGUGCAGUUAUCCGAGCGGGCCCUCGAAAUCACGGAUCAGUGGAGCAAUCUGGAUCCGGUUACCGCCGCCAGGACGCCCAUUCUGCGCGCUUGGAACAAGAGGCAUAAAAUCGACUGCGAUAUAUCGUUCACCAACGGGUUGUCCCAUAGUAACACGCGCCUGGUGCAGUAUCUGUUCGCGGUGCAGCCUGUGUGUUAUUAUGUAGCUCUCUACGCCAAGGAAUGGUCCCAAAAUUUUAGCAUGCCCGGUUUGAAUACCUACACCCUCAUACUGCUCACUGUAUUCUACUUCCAGAAGCACAACCUGCUUCCCGCCAUUUAUAACUUGCAAAAGGAUUGCGAGAAGCCGUAUCUCGUAUCUCAUUGGCAGGCCAACUUUGAGAGGAAAUCUCUCGACGAGCUGGGAAUACCCCGUGUACCGGAAGAAGAGACCUACAGCCUCAUAAUCGAUUUCUUCGCCUUCUACGGGUCACGGUUUUGCUUCGACACGCGCGUCGUAUGUCCCUUCCUUGGCUGGGCACCCCAGAAGGAAGACUUCGAUCCGUACGAUUGCGAAAUUCCUGCCGAGAUGGAAACGCUACAGAAGUACUACGACAAACUGGACCUGGUCACGGCUCACCCGGUCAACGACCUGCUGUCGUACACGAAACCGAUGGUCGUGCAGGAUCCCCUCGAGCUGAACCACAACGUUGCCAAGGGGCUGAGCGCCACCGACGUCGACCGGUUCAGGAAGUUUUGCGCACAUACUGCGGCUUUGCUGAAUGAAAUUUCAAACUAGAACGCCCUAAGGGUAGAACCAUCAAUGGAUGAUUUGACGAUACCGAUGUUUGUUUUGUUUAUAAUUUUUUAUCCAACUGACGGACGUUUAACUGUUUCUUAUGUUUUAAAUGCCACUAAUUUUAUUUUACACCUACAAUACAAUGUUUAUACAAA